AUGAUGGAAGGAUUGAGAUCCAAAAUCAGAGUAGCAGUAGUAGUUAUAGUAUCAGCAUGGAUCGGAUUUCUUGCUCUGUACGGCUUAUUAAAGCCGAUUUCGAAUGGCUGUAUAAUGACUUACAUGUAUCCGACAUACGUUCCGAUUUCUGCAACUGACGGCGUGUCGUCUGCUAAGUAUGGAUUGUAUUUGUACCAUGAAGGCUGGAAAAAAAUUGAUUUCAAUCAGCAUCUUAAGCAGCUUAGUGGCAUUCCUGUUCUUUUUAUUCCUGGAAAUGGUGGUAGUUACAAACAAGUUAGAUCCUUGGCUGCAGAAUGUGACAGGGCAUAUCAGGGAGGUCCACUUGAACAGUCAUUUUAUCAAGAGGCUUCCCUGACUCCUGAGGAGGGAGGGAAAGAUAUGGAUAUAGCUGGCUUCCAAUUACCCAAUCAAUAUACUAGCAGACUGGAUUGGUUUGCUGUAGACCUUGAAGGUGAACAUUCUGCAAUGGAUGGUCGGAUACUGGAAGAACACACAGAAUAUGUUGUUUAUGCCAUCCAUCGGAUUCUGGACCAGUACAAAGAAUCUCGUGCUGCCCGAGAAAGAGAAGGUGCUGCUGCCUAUGGUAGUUUGCCAAAAAGUGUCAUAUUAGUUGGACAUUCAAUGGGUGGCUUUGUUGCUAGAGCGGCACUCAUCCACCCUCGCUUAAGGAAGGCAGCUGUUGAGACUGUUCUUACUCUUUCAACACCACACCAAUCUCCUCCCAUAGCAUUGCAGCCAUCUCUGGGUCACUAUUUUUCUCAGGUAAAUGAGGAAUGGAGAAAGGGAUAUGAGGUCCAGACCACUCAGACAGGACAUUAUGUGUCUGAUCCAUUACUCUCUCGUGUUGUUGUUGUCUCCAUCUCUGGUGGUUAUAAUGAUUAUCAGACAAAAAAGCUGCUCCACAUCUCUGGGUGA